UGGAAGAAUCCCUCGUAACGAAAACGCUACCUUCCUCUCUCUUCUCUUCCCUUCCCUUCCCUUUCUCGGAAAAAGAUCUUCGUCUUCGUGUUCCUCGAAAUCAAUCGUCUCUUCGUUAAAUCAUCUCUGUUUCCUCCAGCUUCAAUCGGAACAAAUAGAAAGUAAAAUUAGGGAUCAGAGAGCUUUUGGGGGUUGACAUGGGUCAAACAUUUCGCAAGCUUUUCGAUACUUUCUUCGGCAAUCAGGAGAUGCGGGUCGUUAUGCUAGGUCUGGAUGCGGCUGGCAAAACAACUAUACUCUACAAGCUGCACAUUGGUGAAGUUCUGUCUACUGUUCCCACAAUCGGUUUCAAUGUGGAGAAAGUCCAGUACAAGAAUGUGAUGUUCACAGUUUGGGAUGUUGGUGGCCAAGAAAAGCUUAGGCCCUUGUGGAGGCAUUACUUCAAUAAUACCGAUGGUCUUAUAUACGUGGUAGACUCCUUGGACCGUGAGAGAAUUGGUAAAGCUAAGCAAGAAUUUCAGGAGAUCAUAAAAGACCCUUUCAUGCUCAACAGUGUCAUUCUAGUGUUUGCAAACAAACAAGACAUGAGAGGAGCCAUGUCUCCCAGAGAAGUAUGUGAAGGGCUUGGCUUAUUAGAUCUCAAGAACAGGAAAUGGCAUAUACAAGGCACAUGUGCUCUUCAAGGAGAUGGUCUCUACGAAGGCUUAGACUGGUUAUCCUCUACGCUCAAAGAGGUUAGAGCCGCUGGUUUCUCAUCGGCUGGCCCCUUGUUUUAA